UCAUGUGAAAACGAUAAAUAUUUAAUGUGAAUCUAAUUAAGUUUAUGAGACAAAAUGAAUCACGACGACAUAAAAGCGGUAGUGCAAGAGAAGUUCCUGUCGAGCGAAAGAGUUACUGCGUUUUUAUGCGACGCCAAAGUAUUGCAACCGGAAUGGGUAAACAAGGACAGAAUAUUAGCUAUCGUCGAGUACGGAGACGAGAAGGCGGUGUUCUGCUUGUACACGUCUUGCUACCCACCUAAAUCUUUCACGGACUUAUCUAUAGAAGUCGUACUACCCAUAGACAGCAGCUUCAAAUGCGAAAUAGAUAACAAGCCUUCUGACCCUGAAGCAGUACUGUACCUGAAUCUCCAGUCUCGUAGUAAUAAGUACAAGUUUGAGAUCGAAAUGACCCCGCGCGUCGAUAACUUCGUCGAUGACCUCUUUAGGGGAAUAGAAGCUGUGAACAAGGUGCCAAGGCAGCCAGAGUUUGUCUGGCUUAAAAAGUACAGUGGGAAAAAUGACGAGGAUAUCAUAGCUGAGAGUAUGGUUGUUCCUCGGCGUAACGUCGCACACACGCUUAAUUCUGCGCCUGUGGCGAUCCGAGAAAGCUUAAUCAAGAGGAGGAUGUCAGACAAGGAAUCAGAUUACACAUUUACCAAACAAUUUACUGUGUUUUGUGGAACUUGGAAUGUCAAUGAUAAAGCUCCUGUGAUUCCCCUGAAGGGGUGGUUGUGCGUGGACAAGGAGCCUCCGGAUCUGUACGCUGUGGGUUUCCAAGAACUGGAUCUGUCCAAAGAAACAUUUCUCUUUGAUCAAACACUCAGGGAAGAUGAGUGGUAUGCGGCUGUAUUAAAUUAUGUUGAUCCACGGGCUAAGUAUGUAAAAGUUGAGAAAGUAAGACUUGUUGGCAUGUUGCUAAUCAUCCUUAUAAAGGAAAAAUAUAUACAUCAUGUCAGGAAUGUUGUGUGUGACACAGUCGGAACCGGUAUCAUGGGAAAAAUGGGUAAUAAGGGAGGAGUCGCUGUUAGAUUUGAUCUGCAUAGUACUUCCUUGUGCUUCGUGAACUCCCAUUUAGCUGCACAUGUUGAAGAAUACGAGAGGAGGAACCAGGACUUCAGGGACAUCUGCAACAGGAUGAGGUUCUCCCAGCCAAACCAACAAGCAAAAGCCAUCAAGGAUCAUGACCAUAUCUACUGGUUAGGUGAUUUAAACUAUCGAAUAACUGAACUUGAUCCGACAAGUGUAAAGAUGGUGGACGAACGGAACUUUACCACUGUCCUAGAGUUUGAUCAACUGAAACAACAACACAAAACCAAUCAGGUAUUUGUAGGAUAUACAGAGGGAAAUAUCAAUUUCAAGCCCACUUACAAGUAUGAUCCGGGCACAGACAACUGGGACUCCAGUGAAAAAAACAGGGCUCCGGCGUGGUGCGACAGAAUAUUCUGGAGAGGAGACAAUGUGACUCAACUGGAAUACCGAAGCCACGCAGCUCUCAACAUCAGUGACCACAAACCGGUUUCUGCCAUAUUUAACUCCUUUAUCAAAAUUAUUAAUGAGGAAAAAUACAAAAAGGUGUAUGAGGAAGUAAUUAAACAACUUGACAAACUCGAAAACGAACUCAUCCCACAGGUAAAAGUCGACCAAACAGAAGUAGAUUUUGACACAGUUAGAUACCUAGAGCUCCAAGUACGAACCAUCACAAUAACUAAUAUAGGGAAGCUGCCUGUAGAAUUUGAAUUCAUUAAAAAGUUGGAUGAGACGAGCUUCUGUAAGGACUGGCUGAUAGUGGAGCCAUAUAAAAAAUGCAUAUGUGCAGAUGAGGCAUGCGAAAUUCAACUUAAAGUACUUAUAAAUAAGACUUCAGCUUGCAAAAUGAAUGCAGGGACUGACAAAUUGUAUGAUAUCUUGGUGCUGCACUUGUUUGGUGGGAAAGACAUCUUCAUCACCAUCAAUGGGACAUAUCAGAGAAGCUGUUUUGGUUGUUCCAUCGAAGUCCUCGUGAACCUGAACAUGCCCAUACGUGAGGUGCCUCUCGGUAAACUGAUUGAGCUUGAAAACAAGAGGGAUCAGUGUGUUUCUAACCAGUCAACAUAUUCAAUACCAAAAGAGAUCUGGUUUUUAGUUGAUCACAUAUACUUGCAUGGUUUGAAAGAGCCAAACCUAUUUGAGCAGCCUGGUUUACACAGUGAGGUACUACAAAUCAGGGAUUGGCUGGACAGUGGGUCAGUGGAUCCUAUUCCGGGCAGUAUCCACUCUGUAGCAGAAGCGCUGCUAUUACUACUAGAGAGCACUGCAGACCCAAUUAUUCCAUAUAAUCUACAAGCUGCCAGUCUCCGAGCUUCCGCAAACUAUUUACAAUGCAAGCAGAUAAUCCUAGAGCUACCAGAAUUUAGAAAAAAUGUCUUCUUAUACUUGUGCGAGUUUUUACAAGAAGCCCUUCAACACAGCGCCGAGAAUGGCCUUGACUCAAAGACACUAUCAACUCUAUUUGGGGCCAUAUUUCUAAGAGACAACCCUAACCAAACGCAGGAGCCUCAGUCGAGGAUAAACAAGCAAAUCAUUGACAAGAAGAAGGCCCAAUUUGUUUACCAUUUCCUGGUAAAUGAUCACAGUGACUUAAUAUUUUCUAGAUAAUUUGUUUCCCUUGAGAGCAUAAAUGGCGCCAAAUUAUUAUAACGACAUGACACAAUGCAGUAUACACCAUAUAUUAUGCUUAAUGUAUACCUUUCAAGCCAGGAUCAGGCCAUACCGAAUGUGUCUAGACAAAGUAUGAAUUCCCUGACCUAUGAUACCGCUUGCGUACGUACGCUAAAGGGAAUAUAAUCACUACGUUUUAACGUACGCGAAACUCGGUGUUAGGGGGGUGUGACUUAAAAAUGUAUCUUACGCGAUUUUAUUUUUCAAAUAUAUAGCCAUGCUCUGCUCAGAGACCUAGAGACGCAGAACUUGCGUCGAAUACUUAGUAGGUAAUGUUAUGUACGCGCAUUUGUAUGAUUGUUAUUUUAACAGCCCAUUUGGCCUCGUUCAUACUGGAUUAAUUAAUUAAUCGGAUCGGAAGUUAUGGCUCUCGUUGUGUUGAUAUUUUGCAAUGUAGGACAUUAAUCUACCGUUAUUCCCGUUAAACGAUAGCUACUCCAAUAAAUUGUUACCUACUUUUUAAAUUCUUAAGUAUCUUGAGCAGAUCUCUCUUAUGACAUUUUUCCCUAACAUGAGUUUUCUGCCUGUCUGUUGCUCUAGAUUCUAGUCUAGAAAGAAAGGGAAUUAUAUAAAAAAAUAAUCGAAAAAACACGUUACAUCUCGGCGGUUACAUCAGUGGUUAAUGUGUACAGUUUGUUUCUCCAAAGAAAAAGACACUUAAAUGUAAUUAAAAAUCGAUUUUCGUGUCUUGGAAGGCCUUCUGCUUUUAAGCAUUUUAGGAAUCUUCAUUGGUCACACUCUGGUGAAAUGCUUUUAGUAUCGUUUGCGUGACGAGAUAGAGAGGCUGUAUUGUAAAAUAUGUGUUUGCAAACGAUGAAACGAUGUAAUAUAAUGUUUGUCCUGCAAAAUGGGUAUAAUAUUGCCAACAGGAUUUGACGUCAUCAUGCUCUUGAGUUGUACAACUUUUUAGCAUAUAAAAUUUGACAGUUCAUAAAAUUAUAAUUUACUAGAUUAGGUCUAUUCUUUUCCAUGUGAUUCAUUCUAUUUAUUCAAAUACUCAACAUGUUUCCAUUAUUCUUUAGAAUAUUAAUUUAUUUUUGUAUUAGGGAUAGUAUUUAACUUUUUGAGGUAAAUUUAAGGUUACGUUCACAUUAUUAGAUGUCGCUAGGCGAUUUGCUAAAAUCUUGUUCUAAAAACAAAAGUGCAUUUUUAUAAAACACUUUUUUAAACACAAAAUUUUGGUAACGAAUAUGAUAUACUUAAAUUAAGGAUUUGUAAACAUUUGUAUGAAAUAUUAUAAACAACACAAAAUAAUAUGCAAAGUUACCAGCAUUUGAUAUGAUUAUUCAUUAGAAAAGUCAAACUCUGUUAAAUCUAUUCUGCUUUUAGGUUGAUUAUUAAAAAAAAAAACUGAAAGAUUAUCAACCUUAUAACAGAAUGGAUUGAAGUUUGAAGUUAAGCGACACAUGUAUACUUCAUAUAAUAUAUCAUGCAGUUUAAUCACAGACUUAUUAACGCAAAUGAAAUUCAACACAUUUAUUCUUUCAGGCGCUAUAUUUCCUAUUUGACCCAUAAUCUAAUAAUAUAAUCUUAGUUGAUUUGCUCAUAACAGUCAUAACGUAACUUCAAUUAAUAUUUUAAUCUAGUUACUAAAGUUAUUUCGACAGAUGGCGUUAAAACUACUAACGCCAUCUGUCGAAAUAACUUUAGUAAUAGAUUUUAGUAACUUUAGAUAGCAGUUGUUUGAAAGCAUUUUAAUGAAAUAGGUACAAAGUAACCCAACGUAUUAUUUCAUCAAAUUUGUAUACGCCAUUAUUUAUUUACCUGUAAUGCAAAAGCGUACUUUUGUUAAUUGAAAUUAUUAUUCAGUAUUUACGAUUAAGGGCACGUACCUAAAUAAAUCUUGUUGUGACACCCAUUUUGGUACGUUUUAGCAUCAAUAAUUUUAUUUUAUCUUUAUUUAAGCUACAAAAUAGGUUGGCACAUACAACUUGGCAGAAAGGAGUAGAAAUGGAACUAUUUUUUUUAAAUCAUAGCAACACUUUAUUUUCUCAUACAAGAGUGACUCAAUAGUUGCCACAUGCUAAACGGUUUAGAUACAUAGACGGUGGCGCCCCUAUUAUUUUCUACUCUUUUGCUAGGCUGUAUUAUAAUUUUUAAUGGUGGUGGUUAUAAUGUGUUGUUCAACAUGUACUAUACGGUAACUUUACAUACCCACUUAAUGAAAUAUGUAAUGACAAAACUAAGAUCUGCUGGAUAGGAUUAAAAUGUAUGACUAUGUUGUUGUCUCUUAUGUUUUGUUGGUACAAUAAAGUGUUCACUAACUUACUUAAUAAAUAAAUAGUAGGCUGUAGCGAACCGCGCUCUUGCCUUCUGCAUUUUACACUUUCUCGCCCCAUUUGAAGAAACUUUCAGUAGAUGUUUCCCUAAAACUGUUCAUAGAUGGCGCUACGGGAAGUCUAAUUCAUAGUGAUUUAGUACAAUUGAUAAAUUUAAUAGUCAUCUUUAAGUAGCACAUAUUUAAGGGUCAAUAUUGCUUAUUAGUUUGGACUAGCUGACCUCUCAUUGCGUGAAUUUGUAUUUAUUAAGUCUUUGUACAUAUUAUUUUAAUAUUCUUAAUUUAAUUAAUUAUUUGUCUUUCUGUCAAUUUUUUAACAAUGUAUAGGAAAGAUUGUAAAGAGAUAUUGGUAAUUUAACAAACUUAUUAAAGCAGGUGGUUAAAAUUGGAACUAACAUUGUAUCAUACAAAUGUUACAUUAGCCAUUGAUAGCCUGCAAAUAUGAAUUUAUUUGCAUACAACGAAAUUGCGUAGUCAAUAUUUAUUAUUGAAAUAUUUUUGUACUGUAAAAGUUUUCUGUCUCUUUUGUAUAUUAUUGUUUUGUUUCUGUGUACGUUUAUUUUAAUUUAAGAGCUCGAUUUAGGUACUUGCAUUUAUCUGAAAUGAACAUAAAAAAAAACUAAAGGUAAUAUAAUACAUUACAUGUUUGAGUUAUAUAUAAAAUGCUAUUCUGACUGUUGAAUGCUUCAGAAAAGUACUUCCAGACGGGAAGCAAGCACUUACAGAAAGUAUACAUAGUGCCUGCUCUGAACCCAAAUUAAUCUUCUUCACUACCUGGUUAGUGGUUAAAAACAAAAAUAAGGACAUCCGAGACCUUUUAUCCAAUAACUUAGACAAGAGAAUUAAGAGGAAUGCCAUACUAAACUCUGGAAUUGAUUCAUCAUCAUCAUCAGCAACUAUCAUUCAUUCAUUAUUAAUUAUACCAUGAAAAUAAGCCAUAAACUGUGGCUCCUAAAACUAGAUUCGGACCUAAAAUGACAUAAUGUGGAAACAGAAAGAUGUGUUUUUUACAAAGAAAAUAUAAGCUGGCCAGUAGCGUAAAGCUUACAAGUAGUUUUCUAUGUAAUUUAAAAUGUAGGUAAUUAGACUUUGGAACGUAUACCUACUUAAUCCACUAAUUUAUACGAAUGCCAAAUAAUUAUCUAACGAUGUAAUCAGUAAAAUGCACCAAGUUACUUAGAAACUAUAUACUAUUUAACAACGUAUACUAUUAUAUCGUGCUAAACUGCUGUUUAAUAUAUUAAAUUAUUUAUUUAGAAAUAGACA